AUGGAAGGGUCUUUGCCGAGCCGCGGGAAGCUGCUGCAGCAGCACAAGGCGGAGCUGCGCGUGCUGAGGACAGAGGCGAAGAGGGUUUGCGCUAAAGCCAAAUCAAAAGAAGAAAGAGCAGCAGCAGAAGCAAAAUAUUCGUUGCUGGAGCAGCAGCUGCUGCAGCAGCAGCACCAGCAGCUGCAGCAGCUAGCAGAAGCAGCAGCAGCAGACUCAGAUGUAGACUCGAACAAGGCGGAGGCGCUGCAAGCUGCUGCUGAUGCAGCAGCAGCAGCAGCAGCAGCAGCAGCAGCGCCUAACCCUAGCUCCCCCCCAAACACCCCAACUGCAGAAAAAGCAGUGCUUGAAACUCUCGAGGGCCUUUCUCUCUACAAAACCACCGAAGGCCGCAAACCCUCGAAGGCGCAGCGGAGGAGAGAAAAGAAACAGCAGGAAAACAGAGAGCGCGAGCGCGUUUUUGAAGAGGCCCGCG